UUUUCUGUUGUUUAACAACACGCGCGGAUAGAUAAAGGACAAGUCUUUGGGAGACGAAAUGGCUUGUUGUGUCGCUGUCGGUUGCUCUAACCGAUCAGACAGAAAAGACUUGUCAUUUUACCGCUUUCCUAAAGACCCAGAGAGGAGGACUUUGUGGGUGCAAGCAGUGUGCCGCCGAAACUGGAAUCCCACCGACUACUCCAGAAUAUGCAGUAAACAUUUCAUCUCGGGACAAAAAAGCAACAACCCUCUGUCUCCGGAUUAUGUACCCUCUCUUUUUGCGCAUACCCCAACCACUGAAAGGAGAGCCAAGAAAAGAGAAGCAGGGGACAGCGAGGAACCUGCGAAGAAGAGUCGCACCAAAUCUAAUCAGACUGAAAUAAUAAGUGCUGCAACUGCACUGCUGGAUCUCUCUGGGACUGGACCAAACAGUGGGACAGCGGAUGGCAAUGAUCAGGGGGAAGACAUUGACCUGUACGAAGAAGAGGUUUGUCAAGAAGAAGAAACUGGUGUGGAUGCUCAGACUGACCUGAGCGGUGCAGAUAUCGACACUUUGUCAUCCGCAGUUCAAAAGUUGACUUCAGAAAAACAACUGCUGACCGAUCAGCUAAAGAUCAUGGACCUCUCCGAGGAAUCGUUUAAAGAUAAUGAUGAAAAAACAAAGGUUUACACAGGUUUACCGACAUUCGUCUCAUUAAUGACUGUCAUGGAUUUGAUCAUGCCUUGUUUACGGAAACCAAACUCGGCCUUAUCACCAUUUCACAAAUGCUUAUUGACAUUAAUGAAGCUGCGACUUAAUGUCAGUAUGCUAUAUCUAUCAUAUGUUUUCAGAGUUCACUACAGCACAGUUGCAAAAACAUUUUCUGACGUGAUCACCUUUUUAAAUAUCAAAUUAGUUCCUUCUACUGUAUUUUGGCCAGAAAGAGAUCAGGUAAGAAGUACAAUGCCCCAACUUUUUAAAGCUACGUAUCCUGAUUGUGUUUCGAUACUGGACUGUUUUGAGGUAUUAACUGAAGGACCUUCAUACAUGGAAACCAAAACUAUAAACAGUUCACAUUAUAAAAGUCACAAUACAAUGAAGUAUUUAAUUUCAGUAACCCCGCAAGGUUUUAUUAAUUUUAUAUCCAAAGGAUGGGCUGGCCGUACGUCUGAUCGGCUGGUAACGGAGAGCUGUGGGUACCUGAACAAUCUUGCUCCAGGAGAUUCUGUUCUUGCAAACAAAGGGUUUAAUAUUGAAGACAUUGUUGCGCUACGUGGCGCAAAGAUGAUAGUUCCUGUCAUCACAAAAGGUGUCAAACAGCUGCCGCACGGGGAAAUCACAGAAGGUAAAAAACUUUUAUCAGUUAGAAUAAAUAUGGACCGAGCUCUAGGCAACCUAAAGCAAAAAUACCCAAUUUUACAGAGCACCUUUCCUAUCAAGUUCUUACUCACGGAUCAAGCAGUAAGGAUGUCAACGCUUGAUAAAAUUAUGAGAGUCACUUGUGGUCUCUGCAAUAUAUGUGACUCUGUGAUACCAUGUAAUUAGAUUAACCCCAGAAACUCCUCCACUUAGAAGAUUUUCCGAGCUGGAACUUGGCAAAGAAUACUUUAUGCCUUUGGUAUGCCGCAGCUCAAUGAUCCCUGCAUCACAGUGAUGUGAGCAUACCUGUCAGGUUUUGGGCUUGAGGAAGCAGGAAAUGUCGCUGUUAAGGAGACGAACGUAAGAGCGUAUUAUUAUUUAUGGAAAAAUAAUGAUAGCCAAAACGGGAGACUUGACAGGUGUGGAUGUGAACAUAUUCAUACACCUUGAAUUUUUUCACAUUUGAAUCAAGCUGGAACCACAAAUAUAGAUUUAUGUCACAGUUUUUUUUGUUGUUUGUUUCUUUCCUUUGUACUGAGGCGACAAUGGAUCAGAAGGUAGGAGUUUGGUUGCAACCGAUGGGAUGCAGGUUCAAAUCCCUGCUCCAUUUGUCACGGCUGUUUUCUGUAGCUACAACGUAGCUCACCACCAUCAGUGAGUGACUGGAUGUUGUGUAAGGCGUUUUGUGGUCUUCUGGAUUAGAUAAAGUCCAUGCGUCAUUUACCAUUCAGUCUUUGGAGCUUGUACUGUGCUCAGGUCGCAGCCAAUGGAGAUGGGAUAUCCUAAGCAGCUGGUUGUUGUGGAAACAGAUCUCCUGUUUAUGCUGCUCUUCACAUCAAGGAAUAAUAACAUCAUAAUUUGUCUCCCUUGUUUUCUGCUUUACUCUCUUUCUCACCAUUCCAGGUUUAUUUAGGUCUAUUCCUGAUUGAGGCUUAUAUUUGAAAAACCUGUGCCUGUUUUAUCCUGCACCAUGUUCUCAACAGAGCACAGUUCCAACUGUUUUUCUUUUCAGGGUUGCUUACAGUAAAUGCCUCAUUCUGCUUGAAAGCAAACAUAGUCGCUGUUUUGAUCAACUGGAUCAUCGAUAUUUGCUAAACUUGGACUUAGGAAUCGGAGUUAGCUGUAUUGGCCAAGAUUGUUAAAUUUCACUGAGGCCUGAACAAUUUAGUGAUAUAAAACAUUAUGUCUGUUCACUUGAAAUUAUUUUACUUUCUUUGACUUUAUCAAUGUAGGAUUGGAGCUUGGGUACUGCAUUAAAAAUGUUGAAUUUUCCCAUUUUUUUCAUGUAUGUGAAUAAACUGUAUUUUUAA